UAAUAAAUAAUGCGAGAAUGAUUUGUAGCGACUUUAUUCAAUGGUUCAUAUGUGAAUAGAGAUUCUACUGUUUCUUUGGGUCGCUAUCCUUGAUUUGAGACCCCACAAUCUGUCUCCGUGUCGUGCCGUCCGUUUAUCCAUGCAGGAGAGGGACAGAGAGAGGUUUUGAAGGUUGAAGAUUGACCGCGAAUUAAAGCAAAAUGCAGUUAGGAAUUCAAUAGCUGAAGAGAUAAUAGACUUCUGACAUUCUGGAAAGAAAGUAAUAGGCCGACUGGUUUUGCUUUUAGAAGUGAUUGGUAAUCGGACUUGUGCUCAAAACCUAGCCAGACAUGUUGGGUUUUGCAGUGGACGAGGUUUAUGAGCUGAGAGUGGAGAGUGCGUGGUCUUUGGGGUCUGGUUGGUAAAAGUUCGGUGAUUUGAAAAUUUCUUCAAGUUAUGAAACUCGGGUUUGGCGUAAGAUUGGAAAUUAAUCGCUGAGGUUGGAUCAAAGUUUAGCUUUUGAGUGAGAAUUAAGUGGAUUUUGUGAAUUCAUGAACGAUUUCGAAAUACGAGAGAUUUAGAUGGCAAGCACAGUGCCAUCUCCGGAUUCAUCUCCCUCUACCGUGCCACCACCUUCUACCACUAUAUCUCCUUCCACCAGUUCUCCACCGCCCCCCACCACUUCGUCACCAUCACAACCAUCCUCCAGCACUAGUCCACCCCCACAAACUGCUUCUCCUCCAGUCCCCACUACAACUUCCCCACCUUCUCAGAACACUGCUGAUCCACCGGACCCUAACCCUUCACCUUCACCCCCUCCGCUCACAGCAUCACCCCAACGGGCCCCACCACCCCCAGCUCCUCGGACUUCACCCCCAUUGGCACCUACAUCACCUCCUCCUCCUCCUCCUCAAUCUGAUCCACCUACAUCAUCAUCCCCACCUUCUGAGACUUCACCUCCAUUGGCACCUAAAACAUCACCUCCUCCUCCUCCUCCUCCUGCUCCUCAAUCUGAUCCACCUCCAUCAAGUCCCACUUCUCCACCACCACCAACACCAUCAAGUCCUCCAAAAAGUUCUCCUCCACCACCUGAAGAACCUAGCCCCCCAAUCUCACCUCCUCCUUCAUCAGCACCACCGGUGAAGUCACCUCCACCACCAUCAAAGCCCCCUCAAAAUCCACCACCACCACCACCACCACCAUCAAAGCCCCCUCAAAAUCCACCACCACCACCACCACCAUCCAGGCCACCCAAAAAUUCACCUCCGCCACCAGCAUCAAGACCCUCGGGUAAUGCACCUCCACCGGCUGGGCUUACUCCUCCUCCAACCGUUUCUGAUCAAACUCCUCCAUCGAGUUCUCGUCCAAAAUCAUCACCCCCACCACCCACGGCACCACCUCCUCUUGCAUUUGUUUCUUCCCCAUCUCCUGUUAACAGUCCAAUCCCACCAUCAAAUGAUUCAGAGACUAACAGUACUAGUCCUAAUGGAGUGGAAAAAUCAAACUCCACUGGUAGUGGAAGCAUUAGUACCACUGGCAUAGUGGCUAUUGGUGUAGCGGUGGGAAUCAUAGUGCUUAGUCUCAUUGGAGUGGCUGUCUGGUGCAUGAGGAAGAAAAGAAAACAAUAUUCCGGACUUGGCGGCUAUAUCGUGCCAUCCCCUCUGGUCUCCUCUGCAAAAUCAGAUUCAACCAUUACAAAGACACAUUCUUCAGCUCCCCUUGUACAAAGUGGUUCAGGCAGCGAUUUUGUGUAUUCUCCCCCAGAACCAGGUGGAUUAGGCAAUUCAAGGUUAUGGUUUACAUAUGAAGAACUAUUCAAGGCCACAAAUGGGUUUUCAAAUCAGAAUCUACUGGGUGAAGGUGGAUUUGGUUCUGUGUAUAAAGGAAACCUACCAGACGGGAGGGAGGUAGCAGUAAAACAGCUAAAAAUUGGUGGGGGACAGGGUGAGCGAGAAUUUAAGGCUGAAGUUGAGACUAUCAGUCGGAUACACCACCGUCAUUUGGUUUCAUUAGUUGGCUACUGCAUUUCUGAGAAACGAAGGCUGCUUGUCUAUGACUAUGUUCCAAACAAUACCCUUUAUUUCCAUCUUCAUGAUGAAGGCAGGCCGGCUCUGGACUGGGCAACGCGUAUUAAGGUUGCUGCUGGUGCAGCUCGUGGAAUCGCAUAUCUCCAUGAGGAUUGUCAUCCUCGUAUUAUUCACAGGGAUAUUAAGUCAUCAAAUAUCCUUUUAAAUAACAAUUUCGAAGCUCAGGUUUCAGACUUUGGGCUUGCCAAAUUAGCUCUUGAUGCAGACACACAUAUAACCACCCGUGUCAUGGGAACUUUUGGAUAUAUGGCCCCUGAAUAUGCGUCAAGUGGAAAACUGACUGAUAAAUCUGAUGUAUACUCCUUUGGAGUUGUGCUGCUGGAACUCAUUACUGGAAGGAAGCCUGUGGACACAGCCCAACCCUUGGGAGAUGAGAGUCUAGUUGAAUGGGCCCGACCUUUGCUAAGUCAUGCACUUGAUAAUGAGGAAUUUACAGAUUUGGCAGAUCCAAGGCUCAACAUGAACUAUGUUGAGAGUGAAAUGUUCCAUAUGAUUGAGGUAGCUGCUGCUUGUGUACGACAUUCAGCUACCAAGAGGCCACGAAUGGGACAGGUGGUUAGAGCCUUUGAUGGUUUUGCUACUUCCGAUCUAACCAACGGAAUGAGAGUGGGGGAAAGUGAGGUAUUUAACUCUGCACAACAGUCUGCGGAAAUUAGAUUGUUCCAGAGAAUGGCAUUUGGCAGUCAAAAUUACAGUACAGAUUUUUUUAGCCAGAGUAGCCUGGAUAGUUAAGAGGAUGUGGUAAAUAUUGAGAGGGAUUAUAAAAUUAAACCAGGAGGGCUUGCCAAGCCGGGUUGGAGGCUUGUUCAAGUUUAUUUAAUUGGAGUCUGGCUCAACCGAGAGAGUGUACUUAUCGCCCAUCAAUCAAUAGACAUCAUCAGCUGUAGAGACUGAAACCCCUUGAUUCUUGAAGCUAGGUUCUUUUUUAGCUCCAAUACGUAUGAGGCUUUUGUACUUCUGUAUUUUUUGUAUGAUCAGAGAUGGAAAUCUGUUUCCACGGUUAGUGUUAAUAAAGCUAUUUUUCAGUUUUCUCA